AUGGCUGAAGUGCAAAGUUUAUUACAAAAGCAGAAACGAAGCCUCAAGCAAUUCGCGCUUAUUUUGGAAAAUUACAAUAAAGAUCCAAAAGUGCGCAAAGCGGUACCGGAAUAUUUUCAGAAAAAGUUGGAUAUUUUGGAAAAAUGGUGGAUAGAUUUCGAUAAAGUUAACACCGAAAUAGAAAAAGCGGAUACUGCCGAGUGUGAAAACCAGCCUUAUUUUGUAUCGAAAUCAUAUGAGAACGCAAAAUCGGAAUACAUUAGGCAUCGUUCCGAGUUGCAGACCCAGUUAAGCAAGUUUAAACAAAGCACAUUGGUAUCGGUUGAAAGCAAUAACGGUGAAGACGGUGAAGACGGUGUAUGGGACCAUUGGACCAGUGUAAGUAUCAUUAGAUUACAACAAGAGCAAAUUGAAGGCGAAAACAAUGAUCUUAUUGAAGUGAACGACGAUGAACCGGCGGAAGUUAGUGCGUUAAAGUUUCAGUAUAAUGAAUUAAAAUCGUCAUUACAGUCAGCUGAAAAAGUGAAUAGUGAUGAAUCGGCUGGAAUUGCAAGUGCACAAACUGAAAAUUUAAAGCAAAUUUGGGCCGAGUUUCGCGUUGCAUUUAGAGCAUUAGCAGUGUCGAGUAACAAAGUGCAUUUACAAGACAUUGACUUUUUACAAGUGCAAGAACAAUACGUACAAGUGUGUGGCAAGUUGAACGACAUUGCAAACGACGCAAAAAAGAAAGCGAAUGUUGAAUUGCCGAAAAUUAAAUUGCCCGAAUUUGAUGGGAAGUCGAACUGGAUUGCAUUUAUUUCAUUGUUUGACAAAAUUGUGCACGAAAAUAAAUCGCUUGAUAAUGGAAUUAAAAUUCAAUAUUUAAAAUCCAAUGUGAAAGGUAGUGCAGAACAGCUCAUCGGUCACAUUAAACCAUAUGCAUCAAAUUACAUGACGUGUUAUGAGUUGCUACGAAAGCGAUUUAAUAAUAAACGUAUGAAUUUAGCCGCGUUGUUAGACAAGAUGAUUAACUUUCCGAAAAUUGAAUUUGAAUCGGGUGAAAAAUUGAGAGCAUUGCAUGACACCAUUUGGGAAUGCAUGCUGCAAAUUAAUAACAUGAAAGUGGAUACAGCAAGUUGGGAUCCACUGAUCAAUCAUAUAAUGCUACGCAAGUUAGACGAUAAAACAGUGAAACAUUAUGAGUGUCAGCUUACAAAUGUGCGUGAAACGCAAAAACUGUCCGAUUUUUUGUCGUAUAUAGAAAUGCGGUUCUUAGCAUUGGAAUCGGCAGAAGGUAAAUUUCCGACAAAAAAGAAAGCAAUCGCAGUGAAAAAAAGCGUCGAGAAAAAGUGUCAUUAUUGCAAUGAUGAACAUUAUUUGGGAAAGUGCGCCGCGUUCCAAAAAUUAGAAGUGCAACCGCGAAUUGAUUUUGUAAAAGAAAAACAUUUGUGUACAAAUUGCUUUGGUGAGCAUAAAGUAUCGGAAUGCAAAAGCAAAUAUACAUGUUCGAAAUGCCAAAAAAAGCACAAUACAUUGUUACAUUUGGACGAUUUCAAGCCGAGAUAUACAAAACAAAAAAUGUAUAGUGAACCAAAAGCUGCACUAGCGUCAACAGCAUUGACAAGUAUGAUUACGGUGAAUGAUGAAGAUGCGGGAACAGUGUCAAGUGUGCAGUCGUUAAUAUCGACGGAAAGAUUUGCGAAUUUACUCGGUACAGCAAUGGUACAAGUUCAAUCGGGUUUCGGUGAAUGGUUAUUCAUGAAAGCUGUAGUUGAUAAUGGGUCACAAAGCGCGAUGAUUCGAGAAGAAGCGGCUCAAAUACUUAAGCUGGUGUUUGAACGUGUAUAUGCACCAAUCGAUGGGUUUGAUGAAACGAAAAAAAUCGCCAGUAAACAAGUGAAGUUAAGAAUUAAACCGCGAUUUGAUUCUGCAUAUGAGCUAGAAACGGAGGCGCUAGUGUUUAAUAAGGUGACUAAUUUGAAGGUGUUUAAAGGAGAUUUACGCGAAUACGAACAUUUGCAGAAUUUACAAUACGCCGAUCCUACAGUUAAUAGUGACAGGCCAAUUGAUUUGUUGUUGGGAGUCGCUGAAUAUGGGGACUUUUUGAAGUGUGGUUUAAUCAAAGGUCCAAAAGGAACCCCAAUAGCUCAAAACACAGAAUUUGGGUGGGUUAUCAUGGCAGCCCAAAACCUGAAAAAAACACCAGCAACGCUAACAACAUUGAUAUCGAAUGUGAACAUUGAUGAAAAAUUGUCCGAUUUUUUCGCGUCUGAAGAUUUGGAUGACGAGGAAGACGUGGAGGAAUUGAGCGCAGAGGAAACAUAUUGUGAGGAGUUUUUCGUGAAAACUACAGAAAGAGAUGAAACGGGAUAUAUUGUUCGAAUUCCAUUUAAGAACAGGGGUGAACCAGACCUUGGCAAUUCGAGAAAGGCCGCUCUUGCGAUGUUGUUCCAAAUGGUAAAACGUUUCAAAAAUAACCCAAAUUUGAAAAAACAAUAUUGUGAAGCAAUAGAUGAUGCCAUAAGGCAAGGACAUUUAAAAAGAGUGACGACUGUUCCGGUCGAUGCACAUUAUUUGCCGCAUCAUGCGGUUUUCAAAGACAGUUCAACCACAAAAUUGCGAACUGUUUUUAAUGCGUCACAAAAGACCAGCAAUGGCAAAUCUUUUAAUGAGCAAGUGGCUGUAGGUAAAAUUUCCCAGCCAAAGAUUUUUAACCUGCUGAUGCGCUGGAGAAAGUACAAAAUUGCGGUAGUUGCGGACAUAGAAAAAAUGUACAAGCAAAUUCGUAUCGCCGAUGAUCAGCAGAAGUAUCAAAUGAUUUUGUGGAGAAAUAACCCGAGUGAAACAAUCGGGGAGUAUGCACUCACGACGGUAACCUUUGGCGUGACUCAGUCCCCAUUCGUGGCGAUUCGUGUGUUAAAACAAUUGGCACACGAAAUAGCGGAAAAAUAUCCAUUAGCUGCAAAAGCGAUUUUGGAAAGUUUCUACAUGGACGAUUUUUCUGGUGGAGCGGAUACUGUCGAGGAAGCAAGUGAGGUGUGUAGACAAUUAAAAGCGGGCCUAAAAAGUGGCGGAUUCAAUAUAAGGAAGUUUGGUAGUAAUUCAAAUGAAUUGAUGAGUCGGAUUCCAGUAGAAGACAGAGAAAUCGCCAAUGAAAACAUCAUCAAAGCUUUGGGCUUGGUAUGGAGACCGGAAACUGACAUGUUCACAUAUAAGUUAAAUAUGCAGCUUAGUUCGUUAGCGACAACAAGACGUAAACUUUUUUCGGAAGUCGCGACGUUAUUUGAUCCACUCGGGUUGAUUGCGCCCAUAAUGACAAAAGCAAAAAUUUUAAUGCGUGAAGUAUGGUCGUUGCGUAAAGACGGUAAACGCUUCAGCUGGGAUGACCAGUUGCCAAAAGAAAUGUCGUUAAGUUGGGCAAGAAUAAAAAGUGAACUCCCGUUAAUAACGAAAUUGAAUAUUCCGCGUUGGAUUGAAACGACGAAAAACACAAAAACCGAACUACACGGGUUUUGUGACGCGUGCAAUGCAGCGUAUGCGGCUGAAAUCUACAUAAAAAAUUGGAGUGAAAGCAAUGAAAUAAGUGUAAAUCUAUUGGUAGCAAAAACAAAAGUGGCACCAAUUGGUAAAAAAACGUUGACAAUCCCGAGAUUGGAGUUAUGUGGUGCAGUUUUGUUGGCCAGAUUAGCAAGAAUUGUCAUUGACACUAUGAAAAUUGAUUUUGCGGAUGUAGUUUUGUGGACAGACUCAAAAAUAGUGUUAGAAUGGUUAGAGGGCAAUCCAAAGAGAUGGAAGUCAUUUGUGGCUGCAAGAGUGCUUAAAAUAAAAAAACAAAACACAAAAUGCGGUGUGGCUUCAUGUAAGCGGCAUAGACAAUCCAGCGGAUUGCGCCUCAAGGGGUAUAUACCCAAGUGA